AUGAAUUCACACCCAGAAGAAUAAAAAGAAGAAACACUAGCUACCCCUGGUGUCCUUGAUAAGUAUUAAGCUGCAGGAAAAAUAACAAAUUUCGUUCUCGAAUAAGUAUUAUAAAAAAUAAAACCAGGUGCUAAAAUAAUAGAAAUAUGUGAUUUUGGAGAUAAACUUAUUUAAUCAGAAUUAGCUAAAGCUUACACUAAAAAAAAAGUAGAAAAAGGCCCUGCAUUCCCCACAUGUAUUUCCAUUAAUGAAAUAUGUGGACAUUAUUCCCCUCUUUUAUCUGAUUCCGAAGAUAAAGAAAAAGAUAAUUCCCUUUUAAAAGAAGGAGAUGUAGUUAAAAUUGAUUUAGGUACACAUAUUGAUGGUUUUAUAGCUUUAGGUGCUCAUACAGUUGUAUGCUAAGAUAAUUAAUAAGUAACAAAAGGUAGAAAGGCUGAUGUAAUUUUAGCCGCUUAUAAAGCUUUGUAGGCUACUUUGAGAACUUUAAAACCUGGUGGUAAGAAUAAUGAUUCAACUUAAGUGAUAAAUAAGGUAAUUGAAUCAUAUAAAUGUAAUGCUUUGGAAGGAGUUUUGAGUCAUGAAUUGAAAAAAUACAUGAUAGACGGAAACAAUGUGAUUAUUAAUAAAGAAACUUUCGACUAAAAGGUUGAUGAUCAUGAAUUUAAUGUAAAUGAAGUCUAUGCUAUAGAUAUUAUUGUUUCUAGUGGAGAAGGAAAAGCUAAAGAAACUGAAUUAAGAACUACAGUGUAUAAAAGAGCUUUGGAAAGAUCUUAUAAUUUAAAAACUAAACACGGAAGAGCAUUUAUUUAUGAAAUUAAUGAAAAAUAUCCAGCUUUAUGCUUUUCUUUGAGAAAUUUCGAAGAUGAAAUUACAACAAAACUUGGAGUAGCGGAAUGCUUAAAGCAUGAUUUGUUAAAUAAUUAUCCAGUUUUAACUGAAAAAAAAGGUGAGUUUGUUGCUUAGUUUAAAUAUACAGUUGCUAUUAUGCCUAAAUAAAUCGUAACUGUUGCAGGAUUAGGGUUAGAUGAGUAACUUUUCGAGAGUUAGUAUUAAAUUACUGAUGAGACUAUUAAAUAAUUAUUAGAUACUCCUAUUACAAAAAAAGCUGCAGCAGCUAAGAAAUGA